AUGUGACUGGUUAUAGAGGUGACUAUCUCAUCUACCAUGAUGAAAUCUAGUCUGUCACCAUCCUCAAGCCCGCUACACCUCAACACCAACAGCUAUGUCAAUAACAGCAACAUAAGUUGGAGUGGCCCCCUUGAUGGUGACACACUGAGGAGCAAUCACACUCUAUCCCUCCAUAACUGCUUCCACAACGCUCUCCUGGGAGUCUCUCUAGGACUCCUUUCUCUCCUCACCAUCUUAAUGAAUCUGCUCGUCCUGUAUGCCGUGAGGAAAGAGAAGAGCCUGCACACUGUAGGGAACUUCUACAUUGUCAGCCUAUCUGUGGCGGACCUGAUUGUAGGGAGCACAGUAAUGCCUCUUAACUUGGUGUACUUGUUGGAGGAUGAAUGGAAGCUGGGUCGGGCAGUCUGCCAAUUUUGGCUUAUUAUGGAUUAUGUCGCGAGCACAGCUUCAAUUUUCAGUCUGUUUAUCUUGUGUUUGGAUCGGUACCGCUCUGUGAGACAGCCGCUGAAGUACCUGAAAUAUAGAACACGUGGAAAAGCAAGUGUUAUGAUUUCUGGAGCCUGGUUGCUGUCAAUGAUGUGGAUUAUCCCUAUUUUAGGAUGGAGGUCUUUCACCCAUGUAGAACUUAAACCAGAAGAAGAGAACAAGUGUGACACGGAUUUCCGCUUUGUCACAUGGUUUAAGGUUGUUACUGCCGUCUUCAAUUUCUAUGUACCCUCCAUUUUGAUGCUGUGGUUUUACACGCACAUCUUCUUGGCAGUAAGGCAACAUCUGAAAGACAGAGAGAGAAUCAUUCAUCCGACUGAUUCAUUCUGGGAUAAUGAAAAUGGACAAAUUGCUCAAACAUCUGAGAAAAAUGAUAGCAAAUCACCCAAGAAGUUCGAGGUUCCACUAAAACCUUCAAAACAACGACAGCUGGAUCAGAACACUUUAGAGCAGACAUACUCCCUGGAGGAUUCUGAUAAAACCAAAACUGCUCCAUCCAGAUUGCACAGAAAAAUUGGUACAAAGUGUCAGCAGACAUCAUUGCUUGCCAUGACAACAAAAAGUCUCAGAAUGAUACCAAAGGUUAAAAGGUGCUCCUUGUCUCCUGAGGAGAAGAAGCUAAACAAUUUGAUUCCCCUGAGUGGGCCCUCAGUGCCACAGGAUGUAAUUUGCUCAAGCUUUUCCCCUCUGCUUGAGAGAAAUAAUGACAACAAACUUCGAGCAUCUUUAAAUGAAUGUGACAUCACGGUACCAAACUCAGUAAGCGGUGUCUGUGACAUCAGUCAGGUAUCGGACAUGCAGAGGUACACCUCUGUGCUCUACAACAACUACGACCCCAGUUGCUCUCUGCCCUGGACUGAGGAGGACGUUGAAGAUGGCCAGUUGGACCCAGCUAAUGCAGUGACUCUGAGACAGACAUGGCAAAGGUUCAUCGACCAAUCACGACAGCGUAUACAUAGCCUGAGGAUCCAUAAAGAGCACAAGGCAGCCAAGCAGUUGGGCUUCAUCAUCGCUGCUUUCAUGUUAUGUUGGAUACCGUAUUUCAUAGCCUUCAUGGUCAUGGCGUUCUGCAAAGGGUGUGUUCACCAUGACCUCCACAUGUUCACCAUAUGGUUAGGGUACAUGAACUCCACUCUCAACCCUUUCAUUUAUCCACUCUGCAAUGGGAAUUUUAAACGAAUUUUCAAAAAUAUCCUGCACAUUCCUCUGUGA